GCGCCUGGUAUGCAUCUCAAGGUUAUCUGGCGCAUAAAUAUUGAGAAGCUGGGUUAGCGUAUCUGGAAUUCUUAUGAGUUCCUAAAGUUGUUUGUUCUGCAUUUAUAUUUAAGCGUGAGUCAAUAUUUCGGAUUACAGUGUCAAAAGGACUGCAACUGUCAUUAUUCUAUAAAUAUUGACUUCAUAAAUUUACCCUAUAUAUUAACUGGAUAAUUUUAAAUGCUGAUCAUAUUUGCUAAUAAUGUAUCUAAUUAGUGGAUGUUACUAAACUCCCAAUGAAUACAAGUUUUGAGAAACAACAACUUGUUUCAUGUUAUUGUUCACCGCUUGACGGUUGUCCACAUUCCAGUUCUGUAUGCGUUUCUUCUACGGGAUGUUUUCAUUCAUUGCAUUUGGAUUCAUCAUUGACAUUUGUGAAUCGCGAGUCGUACGGUUGUUUCGCAAACCACACUAAUCAAGUUGAUUUACACUGUCGAAAUUCAAAAGUUGGUACACAGUUGUUGUAUUGUUGUUCUGCAAAUGAUGGUGACCUCUGCAAUAAAAAUUCAAGUCUACUUGAAUUAUUGGGCUCUACACAUGUGAAUUCUAGUGGGAUUACUUGGAGACUCAUUUUGACAGCAGUUUUGAUUCCUCUUUCUGCAUUGUUUUGCGGACUUUUGGGUAUAAUGUUGUUAUGGAAGUGCUUUCUGAAGAAACGAAUAAUGAAGUACGAACGUUAUUCUGAUGAGCUUGGCUACAAGCAUGCUACAUUUACUAAAGACAUCUCUAAUUACCUUGUACAAUUCAGUGAACAGCAUUUCCCUGAUCCCAAGUCAUCCUCGUGUAUCACACCAAGUAACAAAGAAAAGAAGCUAACAUUUAAGAGCGUGACCAAUCCAAAGCCUUCAUGCGAAUUUACCAGUUGCACCAGUGGAAGCGGGAGUGGCAUUCCCUUCCUUGUUCAGAGAACUAUUGCGCGUCAUAUAAGAUUAGUUGUGUGCAUAGGGAAAGGUCGGUUCGGUGAAGUUUGGAAGGCUACAUGUCAAGGUGAAACAGUAGCUGUCAAAAUAUUUUCCAGUCGUGAUGAAGCUAGUUGGGCUCGUGAAACAGAAGUGUAUAAUACUGGGUUGUUACGUCAUCCUAAUCUACUGGCAUAUUAUGCGAGUGACAUGAUAUCAAGAGGCGGCUGCACCCAGCUUUGGUUAAUUACAGCUUAUCAUGCCAAUGGAUCCCUACAUGAUUUUUUAGCUAAUAAAUCACUAAGACUUCAAGAAGGCUUGCGCCUGGCUGGUUCCAUAGCGGCAGGUCUAGCAUUUUUACAUACAGAAAUAAAAGGACUACAUGCCAAGCCUGCUAUUGCACAUCGAGAUCUCAAGUCAAAGAAUGUGCUUGUUAUGCAUGAUAUGACAGCCUGCAUAGCUGAUUUGGGUCUUGCUUUAGUAAAUUUACAGAGUCUUCCAGCCGGACAAAUUUCUAAUUCCUCUUCAAUCUUGUCAGGUGGCGUUAUGUCUAGUAGUGUAACUCAGUCAGACAGGCUGUGUAGUGGCUUUUCAGGUCCUUCUUCUUUAGGUCCUCCUCCUGUUGGACCAAGAGUUGGUACCAAACGUUACAUGGCGCCAGAGUUGCUGAUGGCUGUAGAUAUAUCAACAUCAACGAACUGUGUCGACCAUACUUUGUGUAUGUCAAGUGAAAAUGUCGAUAAUCAAAAUCAAUGCAACUAUCUGCCAUUUGAAGUUUAUCAGGCUGCAGACAUCUAUGCAAUGGCCUUAGUGUUUUGGGAGUUGGGUCGCUGUACGAAAGGAGCAGUGGGUGAAUCAAUUGAAGGAUAUCAGAUACCAUUUUACGAUUUGGUUCCUUCUGAUCCAACUUUCGCACAGAUGAGAGAUAUUGUUUGUGGAAAUACUUUGACCACAAACGACACGCUUAAACAAUCAGAUGAAAGUAGUGAAAAAGGCCACACAGAAAAAGAGAACAAACUCACUAAAAUAAGUCCAGAUUACGAUGAGAGACAAUGCAGACCUCGUGUUUACCAACGCUGGAUGGAUGAUGCUUAUUUAUGCCGUUAUGCACAAGUUAUACAAGAAUGUUGGCAUGAUGAUUGGUCUGCUCGCCUUUCUGCCUUGCGUGUUCGUAAACGUCUAGAGCAAAUCGAAGCUGCUGUAAGACAGUUAUUUGUCAAGAAAAAAGUGGAAGAUCAUCACAUCCAUUCUAAUUUAAAUGAUCUAUCCUCACUGGUUGCCAACAACGAAAAAGCCUUGCUUUAACUUUUGAAUUUUCUUUUUGUAUGACAAUAAUUAUUACUGAAUUUUCGCUUCAGUACAUGCAUUUACCUUUUAUUUAUUAUUAGUUUUUGAAUAUUUUCAUUUUAUAAAUAAUUUCAUAGUUCGAAUGCUUUGUUGUUUUGCGAGUAACUAUUUUAAUAUUGAUUGGGGUUAACUUGUGGCUGUGUCUGUAUACAUCGGAAUUAUUUCACUUACAACACUUUGUACAAAUAAUUAUGCGUGUGAAGCUUGACUUAUUUUAUGAGCAAAGUUGAUAACAUCAUUUUUAUGGUGAGUAUAUUAGACUUAGAUUACUCAGGUGUUCCUACUAGGAGGUGGUAGUCAAUUGUUGAUUUUCUAAAGUGGUUUACUGGGUUUCGUAAGAUCUCUAAAAUCAAUAUCGUAUGUGUUCUUGUAAGGAGUAUUUAGUCACCUUCAAUAUGAUUGAAAGAUUCUGUGCGGUCUGAACACAAAAACAGAUCAAAACUGUAUAAUGCAUAUUUUUAUAAUUAGUCAAAAAAUAACUAGUCUUCCUGCCGUAAAUGUGGAGUUUGUACAACCUCUACACUGAUCUAAAGAGAUUCGAAGUUGUCUAGUGUUUAGGGAGGCAACCGAAAGAGAUGGAAAAGGCGUCGGCGAUUGGUUACACCAGAAAACUAUUGAGACUUAUCAGGGAAACAGGUGGUAAAUGGCAAACGAUAAGUGAAACAGUCUCUGAGGAAAAUGACACCAUAAUUAGCUCCCAGAAUAAACGACUGGAAAGAUGAUAUGUAUCCAUAUAUAUAUAU